AUGUUUAAUCUGGACAGAUCUGAGUUAGGGUUACAUUCACCGUCGGCUGACGUAUCGCCCGACAUCUUCUCAUACCUCACUCAGGUUAUCUUCUGGGAAUACACAUGUGUCAAUCAUGGAGUCUUCUUCCCCAGGUCCGAGUUAGACGAGAAGCACUCAGAAAACACUGACCCAGCAGAAGCCAUAGAGACAGGCCAGGCCGACGUUGAAGCAGAAAAGGCAGAACCCGAUAAGGGCCCGUCUCUCGGAAAUUACCUGAGGAUCCUUUCCUACGGUGCCCGAAAUGGAGGCAUUGUGGCCAUUGUUCUUGGCCUCGUCUGUGCCAUGGGCUCUGGAGUGGCAUUGCCCUUAAUGAACAUCGUCUUUGGCAAUCAAGUCGGCAAUUUCAAUCAAUAUUUCACACCGGGAUCUAGCCUUAAUGAGGAGACAUUCAAAGCAAGUGUUAACCGUAACAGCCUCUAUAUUGUAUAUCUCUUCAUUGGGAAGUUUGCUCUGACUUACGUUUCGAUGUCUCUCGCCUUACUGGUAUCAGCGUAUGCAAUUGCGUUCCGAUAUUCUUGGGCACUCACCUUGGUCGUUAGCUCCGCCAUUCUAUUCGUGGUACUCGGCUUCAGCCUCACUAUUCCCUUCAUUGUAAAGGCACAAUAUGGGGUUGACCAAGCUGACCAGAAGCAUGCUUCCAUUGCAGCAGAUGUCUUUGCCUCUAUCCGCACAGUGCUUUCACUCAAUGCAGAAGCCCCUUUAAUCGCAAAGCAUUCGGCAUGGAUUGACGAAGCAAGGAGAAGGGGAUCACGCAUGUCUGUAGUUACAGGCAUUCACCUGGGUCUUCUCUUCUUCGCUAUGUACGUCAGCUUUGGCCUAGCCUUCUGGUUUGGCCUAAAACUGUACCGUGAGGGUCAUAUUGGAAGCAUUAACGUCGUUAUCACGGUUUUCUUUUCUGUUCUCCUAGUGGUCACUAUUCUGGGAAGCAUCGCAUCUCCUAUAAUCAUUAUCGGCAAGGCCAUCAGCGCGUCCCGCCCGUUCUUUGACAUCAUUGACUCCCAGAAGCCUGUUCAAACUGGACUGAGAGACCCAGACGUGUCCAGCAGAACGGAUAUCACCUUCGACGGGGUUACCUUUGCUUAUCCAACACGUCCAAAUACAAAGGUACUGCGAGACUUCCAUGCUUGUUUCCAGCGAGGCAAAACGACUGCGUUGGUGGGACCUUCGGGCUCGGGAAAAAGUACCAUCGUGGGCUUAAUUGAGCGAUGGUAUGAGCUGUCUGAUUCAUCGCAUACAGACGCACAGGCUGUUGAAGGUGAGAUCAGGGUAGGCGGCAGUAAUAUCAAUGAUUUAGACCUCAAGUGGUGGAGAUCCCAAAUCGGCCUGGUGCAGCAAGAACCCGUUCUCUUUAACGAUACUAUUUUCAACAACGUCGCCUUUGGCUUGCUUGAUUCCCAACGGGAAAAUGAGUCAGAGGCGGUAAAAGUCGAUCUUGUCACCACGGCUUGUAAAGAAUCAUUUGCAGAUGACUUCAUUCAAUAUUUGCCUCUGGGAUAUUCAACAUUGGUCGGUGAAGGAGGAAUCACGUUGAGUGGCGGACAACGUCAGCGUAUAGCAAUUGCUCGUAGCGUUGUCCGACGACCUCCUAUAUUGAUCCUCGAUGAAGCGACCAGUUCAAUUGAUGUUCAUGGAGAGAGGAUUGUUCAGGCUGCGCUUGACCGUGUUUCGAAAGACCAAACGACAAUUAUUAUUGCACAUCGCUUGUCAACUGUCAGACGGGCGGAUCAUAUUAUCGUCAUGAAAGACGGACUGAAUGUGGAAGCUGGAUCUCACCUAGACCUGUUAGCCAAAGGGGGAGUGUAUCAGAGCCUUGUGAAUGCCCAGAAGCUGAUGUCCCAAACAAUCUCCGAGUCCGUGGUUGAUGAGGAAGAGGACAUGCAGCUGCCUCAGGUAGCAGAUGGCAAUCCAAGUGAUACUAUCAUCCGCAGCGAUGAUAGUAGCAGGUCCAAUAAUGAAUUUCAGAGCCAAGAUAAGGGCUCCUCAAAUGGGUUUCUGCGAAUUCUCAAACAACAGCGCGUUCAAUGGCCAUUGUACCUCUUGACCCUCGUGGGCGUACUUGGUGCAGCUUCUGGUUUCGCGUUGCAAAGUUGGCUCUUUGCACAGCUUGUUCAAACAUUUCAGUUUUCGGGACAGAAACUGGUGAAUGCUGCAAAUUUUUGGGCGCUCAUGUUCUUUAUACUUGCGCUGGCCAUGGCAGCGUUUUACUUCACCAUAGGAGUUGGCUCAAACACGAUCUCCGUCAAUGUCGCAUCCACCUAUCGCAAAGAGUACUUCCUCAACAUGAUGGCCCAGCGGGUGGCAUGGUUCGAUCGGGAUGAAAACACAUCGGGGGCGCUAAUAUCCCGACUAUCUACGGAUCCUAAGCAGCUCCAGGAGCUCUUCGGCAUUAGUGGCGCUUUCCCCCUUGUUUCUAUAUUCAGUGUGAUAGGGUGUAUUGCCAUCUCUUUUUCGUUUGGUCCGAAGCUGGCGGCUGUCGCCUUUUGUGCCGGUACCCCUUUUAUGUUCCUAGGGGCCUUUGCAAGAAUUCGUUAUGAGAUGAAGUUCGAGGCCAUCAAUGCAGAAGUAUAUGCAGAGAGUUCUCGGUUUGCCAGCGAGGCUAUUCGGGCGUUCCGGACUGUGACAUCCCUGACAAUUGAGGAUUUCAUCCUCAAAAGAUAUUCCGAACAGGUCACCACGCAGAGACGCCGGGCUAUGCGAAAGGCUUGGUACGCGACCCUGAUGUUUGCAUUUGCCGAUAGCUUCGAAUUAUGCUCCAUGGCACUCACAUUCUGGUACGGUGGCCAACUGCUUGCAUCACGUGAAUACAAUGUGGUGACAUUUUUCGUCGUCUACGUUGCCAUCAUUCAAGGAGGUCAGUCUGCAGGGCAAUUUCUCAGUUUUGGACCAAAUAUCGCGCAAGCGACAGCGUCAGGAAACCGAAUUCUCAGCCUUAAGUCUGAAUCGAACGGCUGUGUGCAAUCCAGCCAUGCUGUACCUCUACCAUCCAUACGAGAGAAAGUGCGGGCAGACAUCCAAUUCAAAGAUGUCUCAUUUCAAUAUCCCUCUCGGGAUGUUCCCACAUUUACUGGGCUAAACCUGAACAUUCGAAGCGGUCAAUUUGUUGCCUUUGUCGGGCCAUCCGGCUGUGGUAAAUCGACAAUCAUCUCUCUCAUUGAAAGGUUCUACGAUGCCACGCAAGGGACUGUACUCUUGGGUGGUCGCGACAUUCAUUCCAUCGAGUUAUCAUCCUACCGGAAUGUCCUCUCCCUCGUCAGCCAGGAGCCCAAGCUAUUCGACGGCAGCAUCCGUGAUAAUCUUCUUCUCGGUCUAGCCGACACGAAUGAGAACACCGAGUCCCAAAUGGUACAGGCCUGUCAAGAUGCGGAGAUCGACGACUUUAUCACUUCUCUCCCUGAAGGCUACUCCACGCAACUCGGAGUCAACGCGCAAGCCGCACUGAGUGGAGGCCAGAAGCAACGCAUUUGCAUCGCACGAGCAUUGAUCUCUAAGCCACGUGUUCUUCUUUUAGAUGAGGCGACAUCUAGUCUCGACUCUCAAUCUGAGAGUCUCAUCCGGGAGGCUAUGGAAAGACUGGCAGCCAAACGAGAUAUGACCAUUAUUGCCGUGGCACAUAGACUGGCGACGAUCCAAAAAGCAGAUACGAUCUUUGUUUUCGGCCAGGAGACUGCCGGUCAAGGCACAAAGGUUGUGGAGAAAGGCACUCAUACUGAGCUAUUGCAAAAUCGGGGAGCAUAUUGGGAAAUGUGUCAAGCACAGGCGUUGGACCAAUAG